AUGUUUUCUUGGGCAUCAAAAGCGUCAUCUUCCUCGCAUAAAGAAAGUAAGAAAUCUGAACCACCUAAACGUAAAUCUUUACUAUCCGAGAGUAAUCCUAUUGCCAAGUUAUUCCAAAAAAUGACUGCACAACCUGAUUCCUAUACUAAUAAGCAGAACUAUAUCUUUGGCAAGACUCUUGGUGCUGGUUCUUUCGGUGUUGUUCGUCAAGCACGUAAUAUGAAAACUAAUGAGAACGUGGCAGUGAAGAUAUUGUUGAAGCGUGCGUUAAAGGGUGAACAGUUGCAGAUGUUGUACGAUGAAUUGGCAAUAUUAAGGAAACUAAAACAUCCUAAUAUUGUCAAGUUUAGCGACUGGUUUGAGUCCAAAGAUAAGUUCUAUAUUGUCACACAACUAGCAACUGGGGGUGAACUAUUUGACAGGAUCUUACAAAAGGGUAAGUUUACUGAACAUGAUGCUGUUAAAAUUGUAGUGCAGAUUUUGAGUGCAGUGAGCUAUAUGCAUUCUAAGAAUGUGGUUCACCGUGACUUGAAACCUGAGAAUGUUCUCUAUUUGGAUCCAUCAGAUGAUUCGCAGCUUGUCGUUAGCGACUUCGGUAUUGCAAAGGAGCUAUCGUCAGAAAACCAGGUGAUCCAUAGGGCUGCUGGUUCAAUGGGUUAUGUAGCUCCUGAGGUCCUGACAACGAGCGGACACGGUAAACCCUGCGAUGUUUGGUCUCUAGGUGUAAUAACGUACACACUGCUCAGUGGCUACUCCCCUUUUAUAGCAGAAAGUGCAGAUGGUUUCCUAGAGGAGGUGACUCGUGAUGAAAACACAGUAGUAUUCCACGCCCCUUACUGGAAUAACAUUUCUACAGAUGCUAAAGACUUCAUCCGUAGCGCUUUAAUUUUGGACCCUAGCGAAAGACCUUCCGCUGAUGAGCUUCUAAAGCACAGCUGGAUUGUUGCCAAGCAGCCAAAGACUGAUGACUUGUUGCCUAGUAUCAAAGAAGGCUUUGACUCCAAGAAACUACGCUCUGCUAUGCACAUUGUUAUACUAAACAACAAAAUCAAGAAGCUAAGGCAAACUUACAUCGCAGAGGACGGAGAGAGUGACACAGAUAUCGAGGAGAAUAGUAGUUCCGACAGCACUAUCCAGCGCACGGCCAUAGAGUCCAUCCAAAGCGCUCUCCGCGUCCUUUCCUUAAAACCACCUCAUGAGCAAACUCCACUGGAUAGAAGGUUAACUUCUGAAUUAAAACAACAGGCGUUCGCACAGCUAGUACUAGCCGCUAAAGGGAACAAAGAAAGAGUUCUUCAAUACCAGCAGUCCACAGACGGCAAUUCAGAUGAUACUGGCUCCGAUCCUCCUACUAGCAAGUAG